AUGAAGCUCUCAAACAUAUUGCAGCUGCCAGUUCUGCUUGCGUCGACACUUCUCGCGCCGGCCCCUCUCGUGUCCGCAGAACACACGAGCAACUGGGCAGUCCUCGUGGGCACAUCGCGAUUCUGGUUCAACUACCGGCACCUCGCCAAUGUCCUCUCUAUGUACCGGACAGUCAAGCGACUGGGCAUUCCGGACUCCCAGAUCAUCCUCAUGCUCCCCGACGAUAUGGCUUGCAACCCGCGAAAUGCCUUCCCUGGCACCGUGUACAGUAAUGCCGAUCGAGCGGUCGACUUGUACGGAGACAACAUCGAGGUGGAUUACCGAGGGUACGAGGUGACGGUGGAGAACUUUAUUCGGCUGUUGACGGAUCGCGUUGGGGAAGAGAUGCCCAGGAGCAAGAGAUUGUUGACGGACGACCGGAGCAAUAUUUUUGUGUACAUGACGGGCCAUGGGGGAAACGAGUUCCUCAAAUUUCAAGACGCUGAGGAAAUCGGUGCAUUCGAUUUGGCCGAUGCAUUCGAGCAGAUGUGGGAGAAGCGAAGAUAUCACGAAAUCCUCUUCAUGAUCGACACGUGUCAAGCGAACACGAUGUACAGCAAGCUCUACUCCCCCAACAUCAUCGCGACGGGCUCAUCGGAGCUCGACCAAUCUUCAUACUCGCACCACGCCGACAACGACGUUGGCGUUGCCGUCAUCGACCGCUACACGUACUACAAUUUGGAAUUUUUAGAGACAGAGGUACGAGACCUGAGCAGUAAGAAGACGGUCGGCGAUCUCUUCGACAGCUACAAUUACGAGAAGAUCCACUCGCACGCCGGCGUGCGAUAUGACCUGUUCCGUGGUGGCGCCGAGACAGCGCGCGGCCGGCUGCUGACGGACUUCUUUGGCAACAUUCAGAAUGUCGAGGUUGACGGUGCUAAGAACACCACGGUUGAUGAGGAGAUGCUGGCUCUGAGCAAGACCAUUGCGCAGCUGAGAGAAAUCGCAGAUGAGGAAGAAGCCGCGGCUAGGAAUGCCAGCAAACCACAGAGUGCUGAGACAAAGCAGCAGAGGAAGGUUCAGUCGACAAAACCCCUAAAUAACGACAACUGGUGGACCAAGAAGCUCGUAGGUGCAACGGCUUUAGCUGGAUGCUCGGCUUUGUGGGCAUUGGGGUCGUAUUUGGAAACUCCGAAAAAGACGAGUCCAUCAUAG